GUAGCUAUUUGAACAAUUUUAAACAAGUACACAUUAAUUCCUAGAGCAAAUUUGUACAUGGAAGAAACCUGUAUUUAUCAAAGACAUGAUAACUUCAGCUUUUGUUGAUGAUUUCUGUUACUUUCUGUUCUUAUUCUUCCAUCAGUGCAAAGUACUGUACCCUAACUGAGAGAUUGGGCCACAAGCCCUUUGGAAGUGUGAUGGAUUGGCAGGCUGACUGGUGCUGAGCCAUACUAUAUUUGAUAGUGCAUGUGUGCAGAGCAAACUGAGCUUUAAAGCAAAUAUUUUUCAAACUGGUGAUAACAUAUAUGCUGAGUGCCCCACAUAAUCUGGGAUACAGGGCAUAUAACAACACCGAACAAGGGUUAGAUAACUAUAAAUAAAAAUAUACACAUUUUAAACUAACUUUUUUUGUUUUCCUUUUUGGAUUUCACUCCAAACUCUACCUUUCCCCAGUAUAACACUGUCCAGUUCUUGUUCUCCCACCCCACUCCAGAAUGCCUCAUUCUGUGCCAUCACAGAUACCAGGAAAUUUGGCACACCAACAAACACUGCCAAUAAGAGGUUACCUAAAUGGUUUUUAAAAAAAAAUCCACAUUUUUUUAAAAAACAAUUUUAUAACCUUAAGAAUAUAAAAUAAAUUAAACUUUUCAAGAACAUACCAUGUCAUGUUUUAAAUACUGUUUACUUUUGAUGUUCCAUAAUGCAGUGUGCCUUCCUAAUAUUUUUGUCAUAACAGCAAUAUGAUCUGUGUCAUCAUCACAGAACUGGAGACAUGGGAGGAGGAACCUGAAAUGGGAUCCCAUUUGGGUGCUCAAUGUUAUACGUCAAAUGCUGUUCUGUCUCAGGCUGUCUUGAGACAUGCAAACAACUUUCAGGGUUAAACUAUUUUUUUAAAUAAUCCUUUGCAGGUCACAUUUAGGUAAAGAGGAUUCUCCCCCAUUUUAUUUAUUAUUUGUAAUACAGUAGCAUGUACGGACCCAUCUCAGAUUGGAGCCCUAUUGUGCAAUGCAGUGUGAAAACACAUAAUAAGAGAGUCCUUGCCCCAGUGAGUUAACAUUUUACAUAGAGAAGAUGAAGGGUUCAGGAGAAGCAGAGUAUGACAUACAAGCAGAGUGAAAAAUGUGAGAGGCUGCAAACAUUACGUUAAUUUUCAGAUUUUGUUGUGGUGGUGUUUCGGAUUUGGGUAGGGUUUUGUUGAGAAGAAAUUAGUGUGUAUAUAUAUGUACAUAACCUAUAUGGACCAGGAAAGGAGCCAAUAUGACCCUAAAGGAGAUUAACCCUACAAGAGUAAGUGGAUUGGGGUAGCCUUUGGACAAGAGAAGCAAGUGCGGUCCCUCUUCAGGAAGUUUAUUUUAUGUUGCCAAGUAGAUCGGAAAAGGGAUGGAAAAUUGCUAAAGACUGUUCAAAUAUCACACACCUGUCCUGUAACUUGACAAAGGAGUAUGAAGACUAUACUGAUACCUACAUAGCAAUGGUUCAGAGCUUCACAGAACAUGGAGUAUUAAGUUCAUCUGUAUCUGAAUUCAGUCCAUAUAGGUCCACAUACUUGGGUCCACCAGAAGUUAAUCUUACUGCUUGUACAACCUGCAUAAAUGUGAUAGUAAAACUUCCAGCCGCGUAUUUAAAAGAAAAAUCUUUAAUUGAUGUAUAUCAAGAACUUGAUUAUAUGACAAUAGUGGAAUCAUUUGAUAGAAAGGAAAAGAUUCCUAUUAAGAAUGAAACCUCUGAAGAAAGCUUUAGCUAUGUUGUUGGAAGCUUGCAUUCAUAUACAAAUUAUUGUGUGUCUGUUGCUGUGGCUGCAUCAAUAAACCAUCAUUCCAUCCCUUCGGCCUUGAAAUGUAUAAUCACCCCGUCCAACACUCAACCAGGUUAUGGUAUAAUUCCAAUCCUAAGUGGUGGACUUGUUUCAUUGGUAAUAGGCAUCUUCCUGCUAGGACUGUAUAAAGGAGGUUUCAUUUGCUUGAAAAGUAAACCGUGGCCAAAAGUCUUGGAAACCACAAAUAACUUACAUUGCUCAGUGCAUGAACCUGAUCCUGAAAAAAUGUGCUCUGUGCAAGUCAUGUAUAAAGAGAUGAAAAAAAAAGAGUGGGAAUACAGUUAUGAUGAUGAUAGCGAAAGUGAUAGUGAAAAUUCUGGUGAAUAUACUAGACAUGACAUCUUGGGCAGCGUUCCAAGUUCCCAUGCCAAAUCAAACACCUUCGUGCACCAGACUAUAGACUAUCCAUCUGCAGAGAGAAGCAGUGAAGCAAUUGAACUUCUGGGUUCUGAGGCAGACAAUUCUGAAGAGCAUCAAUCUGUCAUUAGCGAAAAUGAAAGCACAAGUAGAGUGUUCUUUCAUCCUUCAUCUGAAGUAAACAGUUCGUCAACUUCUGGGUUAAGUAACAGUGCUUGCUUUAACAUAAACUUAAAUACUGUGAUGCUGAGAGACCCUGACAAGACCUGGGAUGAUUCUGCAACAUUAAUCUCCCAGCAAAAGGAUGCAGUUGACUUUCAAGAUUCUAGUGCUUCUGAUGCACUUGAAUCAAAAUUUUUUACUAACACAGUAGAUGUUAAGAAGCCAGAUUGUCAUAACAUCUCACAUGAAUUGCAAAAACCUACUAUCUCAGAUGAAAGUGAUGCAUCAGAUUCUGAAUACAUAAGGAGAUGAAUUGGCGAAAGCUAGAACCACUUUAUAAAACACGAAUAAACAACUGGUCAUGUUUCAGAGUUUCUCUUUCUGGUUUGAACGUACAAUUCAGCUUCUGAUGAACUCUGCAUAUUUUAAAUUCUAAAUAUAUGCCUGUACAUUAUAAAAGCAUGCAGGACUCAUAUAUUAAUUAACAGUGUUUUGGUAGCUUAGGGCUUCUCUACACUAGGGGUUUAGUCCAGUCUAACUCGAGUUAGUGCAGAUUGAAAAUACCUGUGUACACAUGAGGCAAACCCUAACCCUUGGUGCAAAUUCUGGAGUCCUCCUUCAAAGUGUACUAAGUUCAGUGAAAAUUGAGUUAGUGCAGACUAUCACUCAUAUCUGCACAAUGUUGCUACAUGGUACUUUAGCACUCCUCCAACAUCUGUCCGACACUGCUUUGUGGGGUCAAAUGAUAGGUAUGUGGGCACCAUCAGUUGCCCAAUACAAUCAGGAGCCAUCAAUAAUCUCCUGAGCAUUACCAAGAUUUAUAACCUGGUGCAACAGUACCUUCUGCGUGGCAGCACACACCUGCGUGACAAUGCCUCCAACAGUCGAUUGCCCCACAUCAAAUUGGUUGGCUAUGGACCAGUAACAGUUGGGGUGGCCAGCUUCUCAGUGGGUUAUGGGACUUUACAUGUUGAUAUGGUGCCACUGCAGCUAGUUCAGCACAGAUCUCGGAAAAGAUUGCCUUCACUGUCCUGAAAUUCUGUUGCCACGGCUGGUCAUCCCGGAUCUGCAGAACAAUCCUCUCCCACCAAUCAAUGCUGCUUUCCUGAGCGCAGAAAUGGCACAGCACCAAGUGGAAACUGCUCCAGGAAGAGUAGAAUAGUAGUUGCUCGAUGUCCUGCUCAUUCCUCUGCUACUGUUGCUGGUAGGUGAUUGGAGGCCAAAGCCACCCAGCACUGAGAACUCAAAUAAAGUCCAGACAGCCUCUGAGUAUAAUCAUAGUUGCCAGAAUCGUGGUGUGGAGCAUUGUUGCCUCCAUGCUGGCCAACAGCAGUUCGAAAACGAUGCUAGCCUUCCCAGAUAGAGAGGAAUCGAAUCAGGGUAGAUGGAGCAAAACAUGGAAUUCUGAAUUUUACCUUAAGUCCCAGAAUUCCUCUGGUUUCUGCAAUGCAUUUCACAGUGUGCAACAAGACAAAUCCCAGAAUGCACACAGUUCAACAGCAAAGCAAAGGACCAUUGGAUACUCACCCAAAAUGCCACAUGCUUAGUACGCUCAAAGCCUCCACCAUGUGUACGAAAUGAUGCGAAUUGAAAGAGGGCACAGCUGUCCCGUAUACAUGCUGUUAGAGCAACUUCUAUAUUGUGCACCAACUGAUAUGCAUCAGCUGGAACAAACUAAACCCGUUGUUCAGACAAGCUUUUAGUGUACAAUACUAGCUUUAUUUCACACACAAAAGCGAAGUACAGAUCUGAAGGUAAAUAUAUGUAGCAACAGUAUAUUGCAGUUAUUAAACUUUGUGAAUUCUCACACAUUGUGGUCCACAGACAAGUCCACUUUAAGUGUUUAAUAAGUAGUAAACCUUUACCAAAAAUUCACCGUGAGAAACAGAAAUAAUGAUGUUACCAUAUGGGUGGUUUCACCACAAAGUAAUCUCCACAAGCAGUCUCUGGAAGGUCUGCUCUAUAUUGGUGGUUACUUUUAAAUAUGUUUUAACCAUUGCAAACAAUAGAGUAAUGCUGCAUUCCUGUAAAUGAAUUAAUCCUACACAGAAGCUGUUUAUGCAGAGAAAGCUGAUUAAGUGAAAACCAUGGGAAAAGAAUGAAAACUGCCAUUGUUUCUGAACUGUAUCUCCUAUAUUGAUAACAUUUAAACAGAUUCAGCAUUUACCGCAAUCUAUAGUGAAACCGAGACCAGACAGCUAGUAGAUGGUCAUAGCACAUUUGGUGGGUUCAGACCCAGAAAGAGCACUCUCUUUUAAAAGUCUUCAGUAUAAAAUAAGACAUUAUUAUUUUUCCACAAAGCAUAUUUCAUUGCAAAACACUGACGGUGAAAUCUUGGUCCCAUUUAAGGUCUGGUCUACACAACAGAGUUAUGUUGACACAAGGCAGCUGACAUUGACCUAGCUAUGGAAGUGUCUAGACUUACAUUUCUCUCCCACCGACAUUAACUGCACUGCUAUGCCGACUUCAUAACUCCACCUCCACGAGUGGCAUAGAGUCAAGAUUGAUGUAGUUAGGUUAACACAGAGUCCGUGUAGAUACUGCAUUGCGUAUGUUGACUAUUACUGGGUUUCAGGAGCCAUUCUAAAAUGCCCCACACUGACAGUACAAUCCAUAAAAAUGUUCCUGGUGAGGAUGCGCACUACCGACACAAGGAGCAAAGUGUGGACAUGCACAAGCAGUGUAAUUAUUGCAACAGCUGUAUGCCGAAGUAAGUUAGGUUGAUUUAAAUUUGUAAUGUACAUAUGGCCUUUGUCAAUGGGACUUUUGUCAUAUGUUUCUUUGGGGCCAGGAUUUCACUUGAUAAUUAAAGCAGUUUAAAAUAGUAUAAGGUAUUAAGAAAUACUACAGAACAUAUUUAGACUUGUACCAUAGAUACAAAAUCUUUAUCAGAAGUUAAAGUGUGAACUUCUAAUGCAAUGUAUGAUGCUGCAUGGAAAUAUUCCUUUUUGUAAUGACAUAACCAGGAACUGUGUAUGUGCCAGAAAGUAUGUAAACCAGGAAACACACAAUAUUUUAGGAGCAGAGUUCAAGCUGCUAAAAUAAUUCAACAGAUCAUUCCUAACUGGUAAUGGAAGUGGAUGUCUUUGUGUGUGUUUGUUUUUAUUUUAAUUACCUUAUUACGUUUUAUAUAUUUUUUUACAUUUUUUUAAAAUGAUCGGCUACCACAUUGUAUUUUUGAGGUGUAGUAAAUGCCUUUUUAAAAUCAAUAAAAGUUUUUGAAAAUGUCUAA